CAAGCAAUUGGACCAUCAAGCAGCCACCAAAAUGGCUGCCGCAAUAUCGGUUACCAUGUUGAUUGUCGCCAUCAUCAGCGGAUCGUGUCCUUCCUUCACCUCCGCAAAGCCGCCGGCACCGCCCGUUUUCUGCGACGAUAGUGGUUGCGUCGUCUCCAACGCCUACGGCGCUUGGGGCGACCGGCAGCAGUGCCGCACCGGCCAAGCAGUCUUCCCUACGACGGAGGAAGAGCUGCGCGCCGCCGUGGCGGAGGCCCAUCGGAAGCGGUUUAAGGCCAAGGCGGUGAGCGGCUUCUCCCACACCAUCCCCAAGCUCGCGUGCCCGCCGUCGGAGAACUCCGUCGUGAUCAGCACCGCCAAGUACAACUCGAGGAUCGAGGUGGACGUGGCGAACAGGAGGGUGACGGCGGAUGCCGGCGUGGGGCUGCGGGAUCUCAUCGACAAAGUGGAGGCCGCGGGGCUGAGCCUGGUGGCUGCUCCGUACUGGGAGGGGGUCAGCAUCGGCGGGCUCAUCAGCACGGGAUCGCACGGCAGCUCGUGGUGGGGAAAGGGAGGCGCCGUGCACGACCACGUCGAGAGCCUAACUCUAGUGGUGACGGCGCCGGCAGCAGAAGGGUACGCCAAGGUCGUCACACUCCGGCGUGGGGAUCCUCUGUUCAAUGCGGCAAGCGUUUCCCUGGGUCUUCUCGGAAUCAUAUCUCAGGUGACAUUGUCGUUGGAGCCCAGCUUCAAAAGGAGCAUCACCUACUCAUUCCAGAACGAUUCCACUUUCGAAGACCAGUUCAUGGAUCACGCCCGGAAGCACGAGUUCGCCGACAUCACUUGGUUCCCGUCGCAGCACCAGGCAGCGUUCAGGUUCGACGACCGUGUGCCCCUGAACACCUCCGGAGACGGCUUUAAUGACUUCAUCGGCUUCCAAUCGACUCUCAUGGUCGUCUCCAUGGCAGUUCGAGCAACAGAGAAGGUUUUUGAUGAAUCAAGAAACGCGAAAGGCAAGUGCGUCACCGCCGCCACGGUGCUAGCGGUCAAGAAACUGAUGGCCAACGGCCUCAAGAACAACAACCUGCUCUUCACCGGCUACCCUGUCACCGGCCUCCAAGGCCGGAUGCAGACCUCUGGCUCCUGCCAACACUCUCCAGCUUCAGACGUCCUCAGUUCCUGCGCGUGGGAUCCCAGAAUCAAAGGCCUCUUCUUCUACGAGACCACCGCCUUCUUCUCCCCCCAAAGCUUCAAAUCCUUCAUCCUCGAUGUCAAACGGCUCCGCGACAUGAAUCCGGACAACUUCUGCGGCCUCGACAACUACAACGGCUUCAUGAUCCGCUUCGUGAAGCGAUCGGAGUCCCUGCUGGGGCAGCCGGAGGACUCCGUCGUGGUGGACUUCAACUAUUACAGGGCGAGAGAUCCCUCGACUCCGAGGCUGAACCAGGACCUGUGGGAGGAGGUGGAGCAGAUGGCGUUCGUCAAGUACGGCGCCAGGCCGCACUGGGCUAAAAACAGGAACGUUGCUUUCGCCGGCGUGCAGGGGAAGUACCCAGGGUUUAAGAGUUUUCUGGCGGCCGUGAAGGAAUUGGACCCGGAGGGCGUGUUUCAGAGCCCAUGGUCCGACGAGGUGAUCAACGACAAGGAAGCAGUGAAGAGCGAUGGUUGUGCUUUGGAAGGGCAGUGCAUUUGCUCAGAGGACCGGCAUUGCAGUCCAGCUAAAGGGUACCUUUGUCAACAUGGCCUUGUUUACAAGGAAGCAAGGGUGUGUAGGUUCGGCUGAAAUUCGAUUGGGCAAAAAAUUAAAAGAACAUCUUUUU